AUGGGAGGAGGAGGAAAGGAUGACGGAGGGGUACACGUCACGUGGUUGGGCUCGCGCGAACUCCGGGUGCUGGAAGCUUGGGCAGACACGCUGUUGCCGGGGUUCGACGUUGAUGACAAGGAGGCUGCCGAUGCCAUUGCCGAGCAGAUGGUUGCUAUGGUCCGUGCAAACCUGUUCCGAAAAGAAGUCGGCCCGAGGGAACGGGGCAAUACGACAUCUGGUAGAGGAGGAAGAGGAGGAGGGGGAGUCCUGGCCUGGAAGAGGCCUAACGUUAACAACUGCAGUCAAGAACAACUCCCGGUGAAGGUGGAGGCGUACACGCGAACGCUCGUUCGUCGUUGCUUAGCGAUGUACGGCCGCUCGGGAUCUGAUGUCGGCGUGGCGGUUCUCCUUGCCCAGGCCUUCGAGAUCAACAUUUCGGAAGAGGAGCGCUCAGGCCUUCGAGUACUGUUUCGGGUGCUCAGCACCCGGCUGGGGGCGUUCGUUCUCACGGGGAGGGCGGUGCCUUUUCAGUCCCAGAGCCUCGCUGCGCGACAUGGCGUGCUGAAGAGGUGGUCCGUGUCGCGAAUACGUCCGUUGCGUGAUGCUUUCCAAGGAGUCAAGCGGCUCACGUGCUCUCUGUUCUUCAGCGCACAUCCGGAGGUGCACCAUAAACCCUCUCACCCGGAGGGAUCGGGGGCGGAGUCGACAGCGGCGCUAGCCAAGAUCAAGACAAACCCUAACUGGAUCGACAUCCGGUACGACCCGCAACACCACCGUUUCGCUCGGGACGAGACCCCUGCAGUAUCGUCGGCGGGGCAACGCCCCGAUCCGAUUGCCGCAGCUGCCGUGAGGCCCGGACUGUGGUCAGGAGCAAAGGUGAAGGACAGGGUCUCCCAGACGGCGAGGGCGGCGGCAGCAGUGGCGUCCACGGCUCCUCGUCCAUCGACGUCAUUAUCAGCGAACAGCCAUAGCAACCCUCCAUCUCCCGCGUCAUCCCUACCACCUUCAUUCUCGGCAACGGCAGCGGCGGCACCACCAUCACGGGUGCCAGCGCCCGAAGACGUUCCCCCCAAGUUUUUCUCCCGCCCCCGAAGCAAGAGCAGCGGCAGCGCGGCCGCCACAGCCGGUGCCUUCUUGCCCUCGUCUGGCACCACCAGCGGCAGCGCAAGUGCUGCUCCGACAUCACCACAUGAAACCCUGCCGCAGCAGCUCACGGUUGACGUUGUGGUCGUCGGGUCGGGGGCGGGCGGUGGGUGCGCGGCUGGCGCACUGGCCGCACGAGGCUUGAGGGUGGCGGUGUUGGAGAAAGGGGGACUCUACGGCGCACACGACUUUGCCAGGUUUUCCGAAAUGGAGGCGUACAAGGACAUGUAUGAGGGUCAGGGUGUAUUGGCAACAGAAGGCGGAGCUGUGGUCAUUCUUGCAGGAUCCUGCGUCGGAGGGGGCACGACAGUGAACUGGGCGGCCAGCUUCCGCACCCCUAGGCACGUGAGACUAGAGUGGUCCCGGAAGCUGGGCUUGAAGAGCUUCGAACCAGGUGGACCCUUCGAUGACGCCCUGGAUGCCGUGUGCUCGAGACUGGGGGUCAACAUCGGGAAUUCGCACCGGGCCCCGGGUUUUCCAGUGCCAAACGCCUCCUUGAGGGUAAAUCAGCACCAGUCUAGCCUCUGGAACGGCGCCGCCGCGUCCGGUCGCGUGCCGAGGGCGGUUCCCACCAACACAAAAGACUGCGUCGACUGCGGAAGCUGCUUGCACGGCUGUGCGUACGGCAGCAAGCAAUCAACACACGUUACGUGGCUGCAAGAUGGACUGGACUCCGGCAAUAUCAUCCUCGUGCCCCACGCCAAGGUUGAACGAGUGCUCAUGGAUGCUGGCAGGGCUACCGGAGUCGAGGCCGUAGUCUCUCCACAUGGAGGUGGAAUGGCUGCCUCCCUGACGGUCCGGGCGCGGGCGGUGGUCGUCUCAGGCGGCGCAAUCAACACUCCGGCUAUCCUUCUCCGCUCCGGCCUUAAGCACCCUAUGAUAGGCCGCCACCUCUGUUUGCAUCCCGUGCUCGCCGUCGGAGGCGUUUUUCCUGAGGACUACGACGGCGAGCAUGGGGCCGGGGAGGACGACCCGAAACGUUCCACGGGCGGUUCGAUGGCGGCAGCGGCGGGUACCGCGGGAAAGCAGGCGAAAUCCAAGGCGUCUGCGAGCGCGAAACAGAAGCUGGAAGCGGAGGUGGGAUCAGGCGAGGGGACGAAUGGCUCGUGUCCCCGGGUGCCUGGGGUGGGGCGGGGGGUGAUGAUGGGCGUGUACGUACAGGACUUGAUGCGGCUCGAUGGAGGUUACGGCUGCGUCAUCGAAGCGCCGCCAUCUCACCCGGGUCUCAUGGGGCUUGUGAUGCCGUGGAACGAUGCACUCACCCACAGGUACGCUCUUGGUGAGGAGGAUAGCCAGGUCAUCCUCCAGGGAAGAUCAGAAAUGCUCCGGAUGAUGCGGAAAGCGGGGGCAUCCCUUCUGAUACCGGCACAUGAGGGAGCUCCGUGGUUUUGUCCCACAGAUGGGAAAGAGGGAGAUGAAGACUUGGAGGGGUAUGUUGAGGCCAUGGAAUCGCUCGGCACCACCCUGAACGAGGCUGGCUUGUACUCAGCUCACCAAAUGGGCUCGUGCCGCCUUAGUGCCAACCCGGAAGACGGGCCUCUGAGGGAGUCCGGCGAGUCGUGGGAGUGCGACGGGCUGUUCGUGGCGGACGCUUCGGUUUUCCCGACGUCGCUCGGGAUAAACCCUAUGAUCACGGUCGAGGCUGUGGCGUACAUGAUUGCUGAUCAGGUUGCAACAAGGCUCGGCAAGGACUCAGAGGACUCGAAACCCCGCGGGGAGUCCUCGCCACUGAAGCGGAGAAUCAAGACUUUCGGGAAGGCCAUGGUGGCGGCCAUUUCGCGAGAAUCUAGCUCUACAUCAGACGCGGACAACGCCGGAUCCAGCCUAACCGCCCUUCGCAGGAGCAACAGCCGCGGAGGCAGCAACAGGAAACUUGUGCCUGAGGAAGGCGGGCGAGGAAGCGACCAGACUAUCAUUCGAGUGCCAGGCGGCGCGGCAGCGGCGGAGCGGUGUGUGUUGCCGCAGUCCACAUUGGCGGUCAGCGCUGGGGGCGACGCCGCUGCGGGGAUGGGGGACGACUUCGGAGUCGAGGUUACUGAUCUUUACUGGUAGAGAGCUCGUAGCGCCAGCUAACCGUCUGAUUUGUGUGUCGUUGAUUGCUGUUCAAGACGUUUCCGACUUGGGAGGUCAAUGUUGGUAUUGAUUGUGCAAGGCCGGGAGCCCAGCGUGGUUUCCAUGUUUGUUUGCAGGCAGGACCUGAGUGACAUUCGCGUUGACGUUUGCGUCACCUGAUGGCGCGGAUUGGUUGAAUAGCUCAUGUGUCUGCUGCAGAACGGGCCCGCGAUAAACAAGUAUUCUGUUGAGACAUUAGGGUGAAACAUCCACGAAGUUGAGCUCUGUACGUCGGGCCUUCCUUUAUUGCUGCGUUCGGGGAGGGUAUUGGGGGUUGGGUAAAGCGUUCCUUCUCAACGCAGACUAGUUGGCUUAGUAGCAGAGUCUUCUGAAGAAGGCAAGUCUGUUGAUGACAUUCCCAUGUCGACGGUUUGAAGGGGCAAACAUUGAUUGUUUUCGCCACGUUUGCCACACAUUCGGAAGGUUCCUGGCGAGUUUCGCUUCAGUUUGUUGUUCAAAGAUGACAAACUUGUGCUACGUACUGACACGACGUUGGACAUGGUAAAUAUUGGUCGAGAAGUGCAGACGCCGCCGACAGAAAUGCGCCGAAGGCGAUAGAAUUCGGUGGAAAUUUCCUUCCAAGCGCGUCCUCCCUGUCGGACCUAGAAUUAGUGUAAGUAGCGAGUCCCGCGUUUUUUCUGGAAACAAGGUAGAAAAGCUUUCGUUGUCAUGACUUCAGUUGUUCUGAUUUUGGCGCAUUUCGUGGCUUGUCGGCAUUUUCGAUGAGAGAAAUUCGCUUCAAGCAACGUAGGAGAGAACCAAAAAGGUAAGGCAACAGGUGUGGCCUCCCAUGGCUGUUGGGUGAGUUACUAUUCAGGAACUCUUCAUUCAUAUAAUGCGUUUUUGAAGGGUUUUUGAAGGCCUCCCUAACACGUAACUCUACCGGAAAGCCCCGAAGAUGCAUCGAACUUUGGGAGCGUAGAGAUCUCGCCGACGUCGCAAACUCUUUGGCAGCUGCCGGCACUUUCCGUCAACGUGGCGCGAGCUUCUUGGUGCCAUUGAUGUGUAUAGGACAUCAUGCUAUACGUCGCUUUUUACUGUGCAUGUGCCCACCAAUUGCCUGAUACCUCUACUAUUACGCACAAACAUCCCAACAGGCAAAACAUACAACAGCGAUAACAUCUGCGAUUCCCUUCGACGUCUACCACUCUCACGCUCCAAGCGCCGCACUCUAUUUCGCAAGUCUAGUGAUAAUUCCAUGGCAUGACCAUGAUUCACUUCUAGUCUACACCAUCGAAACGCUCUAUCUGCUACCCAGCAAGGCCCGAGUCUCCUGCCUGCAGCCAAUACGUUCCCAAUACAGGCGACAGCCUGUAAAUACGAGGUAUCCCAAAAAAGGACUUGAAACGCAACUCAGCCCGAAAACGGGGCAGGCGCCAUUGCAUUACAGUUUUCCCGUACGUCGCGUUUGCGCGGAACGCAACGCUACAUGCUACUAUGGCCAGCACGGCCGACAGCACAUUGCCCCG